AUGCCCCCCUCUCACCCCGACUCACCGCCCACGACAAACUUGUCGGACCUCGUCCUCUCCGCGAACGACAACCUCCUCGCCGACUCGUCCGUAGCGUUUCCUUCCCCAACUUCCUCCUCCCGCCGUUCGAACGACGGUCAAUUGGAUGCGGAUGACGACGAUACCUUCCUUUUCGACCAAGCUUCAGCUUCAAAAUCGACUUUGACCUCGUCGUCUUUGGGAGGGACGCAAGAUAAUACGACGGGGGGUGUUUCACAAGGUGGUGUGGGCGUUGUAUUUGGUGGAUCGAUGGGGGUGUUUGAGAGUGAUCCCAUGAAGGCUACGACUUCUGGACGAUUGGAGGAAACAGGCUUGCCGGGAUCGUCGAGCUCCACGACGACGGCGACGAUGGCUUCACGUCAACCCAAGACCUCUUACGAAGCCGCUGCAGAACGUCAACGUCAGCGCCAACGUGGACAAACGAACGAGGAUGGGAUACCCCUUGAUUUGGACGGUGAAGACGAUCAACAAGCUUCGGAUAUGGAUCUUUCGGACCAGGCGAUGCAGGCCAUGGGCUUGACGGAGGCCGAGAUCAAGAGGGUGCAUCAGUUGAGGGCAGAGAGGGAUGGGCUGAGGGAUAUGAAUGGUAUGCUGGGGGAUAUGGUUAAUAGUAUCAAGGGUGUCGAGACCAAAUUGAAGGUACGUUCUAAAACGCAAUGGGAGUCGCGGCUCGUGGCCAAGUUUGCAGGUAGGGAUGAUCUUCUGACGUUCCGAGCUGUUUUCUCUCGCUUCUUUACCCGACUCAUAGACCUUCAGUAACAACGCCACCACCACCCAUGAGUUAUUGGACCUCUACUCGCGCCUAUCCUCCCAGGCCGAACACACGCAGAACCUCCUAUUGGACCCUGAAUUUCGUGGAGCUUCAGCCGACGCCGCCGUCAGGGAAGCUCGGCAGGCUGAAGCACUCAGGAUUCAGCAGGAGGAGGAAGAGAGGGUGCAGAGGGUGGCGAGGGAGAGGGAGGAGGCGAGGCUUAUGAGGGAGCAACAAUUAGCGGAGGGUGUUUUGGGACAGGGUGGCGUUGUACGGGGGAGUACUCGAGGUGAGUUUUCCGCGAGCCUCUUGACUCAGGUCAUUUCCGGCGCCAGCUGAUCCAUGAAUUUGUCCACCCAGGUGGACCGAGAGGCACUUCAACACGAGGCCUACGCGGGGUUCGUUCAGUGUCCUCCGGUCUCUCGGGUCGCAAUACCAGCAGCAGUGUCAACGCAUCGACAAUAUCCACCACCUCGAGCAUGGGCGCUGCGGUUUCGGGUGCCGGGAGGGGUAGACCGGGUGCGACGGGGACGGUCACGGGCGUUAGAGGUGUGAGAGGUCUGAGGAGUCGGGUUGGAGUUGUUGGUGGGAGAGGAGCGUCGGCGGGUAGAGGAGGAUCGGGGAGCUCAAUGAGUUGA